AUGGUAAGAAACUCUACCGAUAACAUCACGAGUCCAAGUACAGAUGCAAAAAAAAAAAAAGUCACUGGCAGUCAAUCUACGAUCAAUGCCGCGAAAGACAUUGUCAACCUACCAGCAACAUCGACGUUAACAAUAACGGCACCACCAUUAUCACCAUUACAUCGUCUUAGAUUCAAACAUGACUUGCCAGUAAUGUGUUUAUUAUUUAAGGUGGCUAUGCGCGCUCUAGGAUUUGACGAAAAAAAAACUGAGGUACUCAGAAUCAUACGUCAAUAUGAUAAGAAUGAUAACGGAAAAAUUGUGUUUGAAGAUUUUAAUAAAGUCAACUUUGAUUUAGUGUCUGAGCGAAUAUUAAACCGAUCACCCGAGGAAGAAAUUCACAGAGCAUUCCAACUUUUUGAUGACGACAACACAGGAAAGAUAUCAUUAUUUAAUUUAAAACGAGUAGCCGAGGAGUUGGGAGAAAAUUUAGACGAAGAGGAUCUUCAAGCAAUGAUUGACGAAUUUGAUUUAGAUGAAGAUGGAGAGAUAAAUGAACAAGAAUUCAUGAAAAUUAUGUCAGAUGACAAUUAA